ACCCUUCAGUUGGAAAUUACUCUUGCCAAUAUGUAUCAUUCUGUGUCUGAAACCAGUCACCCUUUGCAAACAGAGGAACAAGAGAUAGGCAUUGAUCCCUUGCAGAGUUUUUUGAACAAGCCAGGGGAAGGAGGAUCAAAUGAAAAUGGAAGCACACACCACACCUCAGAUUCUGAUGGAACAUUUAUUUCAUACAGUAAAGAAUGGGAAGAACUAUUUGUAAACAACAAUUACUUGGCAACUAUACGGCUGAAGGGGAUUAAUGGGCAGCUGAGAAGCAGCAGGUUCCGUAGUGUUUGCUGGAAGUUAUUUCUGGAGGUUCUACCCCAAGAUAGAAGUCAAUGGAUUAAAACCACUUCAGACUUAAGAACUUCUUACAAUAAGAUCAAAGAAAUUCACAUUACAAACCCUCGAAAAGCAGGACAGCAAGAUCUGAUAAUCAACAACCCACUCUCUCAGGAUGAGGGGAGUCUUUGGAAUAAAUUUUUCCAGGAUAAAGAGCUUCGAGCAAUGAUUGAACAGGAUGUGACAAGAACUUUUCCUGAAAUGCAGUAUUUCCAGCAAGAGAAUGUAAGAAAGAUUCUUACAGAUGUUCUGUUCUGCUACGCCAGAGAAAACGAGCAGUUGCUUUAUAAACAGGGCAUGCAUGAACUUUUAGCUCCCAUUGUCUUUAUCCUACAUUGUGACCACCAGGCUUUUUCACAUGCCAGUGAAGCUGCACAACCAAGCGAGGAAAUGAAAGUUCUUUUGAAUCCUCAGUAUCUGGAACAUGAUGCCUAUGCAAUGUUCACACGUCUGAUGAAAACUGCAGAGCAUUGGUUUUCAACUUUUGAACAUGACAGUCAGAAGGACAAAGAUGUGAUGAUUACCCCUAUGCCAUUUGCAAGGCCACAGGACUUAGGCCCAUCUAUUGCUAUUGUAGCAAAGGUAAAUCAAAUUCAGGAUCAUCUGCUGAAGAAACAUGAUAUUGAGCUGUACAUGCAUCUGAACCGACUGGAAAUUGCUCCACAGAUUUAUGGAUUGCGAUGGGUAAGGCUCCUGUUUGGACGUGAAUUCCCACUUCAGGACCUUCUGGUUGUCUGGGAUGCUCUAUUUGCUGACAGUAUCACCCUGAAUUUAGUUGACUACAUUUUUGUAGCCAUGUUGUUAUACAUUAGAGAUGCCUUGAUUUCAAGUAAUUAUCAGACCUGUUUGGGACUUCUGAUGCAUUAUCCACCUAUUGGAGAUGUUCACUCCCUUAUCCUAAGAGCACUUUUUCUCCGAGAUCCAAAGAGAAAUCCAAGACCAGUGACUCAUCAGUUCCAACAAAAUUUAGAUUAUUACAAAGCACGUGGAGCAGACCUGAUGAACAAAACCCGUGCCAGUGCUAAGGCUGCCCCACUGAACAUCAACAAAGUCUCCAACAGCUUACUGAAUUUUGGCCGAAAGCUCAUUGCUCCAGCUAUGGCUUCAGGUGGGGCAGUGGGCACUCCUGCUGGCGGGAGCAGCUUUCCUCCCCCUUCAAUGCCCAUCAGGAGCACAGUGGAACCCCCCCAGCACCAUCAUCACCAGCAGCAGCAGCACUACCACCAGUCACAGCAGCAGAGGAUGCUGAAGUCCGAAAGCAUGCCAGUUCAGCUGGGCAAAG